CUUUCUCGCUCCUUUCGUGACAUUUUAGCGAAACGUCGGUUUCGUUUCCUAUAAAAAUUUAUCAAAAAAUAUCACAUUAGGGCAUGGUCGGUAAAGUUUUUAACACGAAACACCGCGUUUUAAAUUCAAUAACCGUGGUAAAGUUUUUUUGUGCCAAGUGCAACUAAACAAUCAAGAUUCCGCCGAUAAUUCAAAGCCUACCCAGUGGGUGGCUUAUUUUGGUCCGAUUGAUUUAAAAUGGAAAAGAAACGAGAUUCGUUUUUCUUAAAAAGGAAAAAGGAGAAUGGCAAACCAGAAAGGAAAGAUAAAGAUGAGAUAGUAAACCGUAAGAAUAAGAGACAAGAAGAGUUAGAUAAAAACAGAAAAGGUCUUGAUAUUAAAGAAAAAAAACCUUUUGAUAAGAAAGCUUACCGCCUUAAGAAGUACAGCAAGAAGUACAAGCUUGAGCAGUGGGAAGAGCAGCGUAAGAAGAGACUGAUUCGGGAAUAUCGGAAAAACGUUAAAAAUGAUCCCACCGUAGGAUCCUACAAGCCCAAGUCUUUCGACGAGGAGACAGAUGGGGCCGACGAAACUGGUAAAUACGUUAGACAUCCCGACUUAGUAGACAAAGUAGAUACAGAAAACAAAACUAACGAAGUCACGAUAACUAAAAUUAAGAAAGAUCCUUUCCACAAAGCAAAGGAGCACUUAAAAAAGGUUAAACAAGAAAAGCUAGAGAAGCAACAACAGAUUGAGAAAAUUAAGGAGGAAAAAAGACAAAAAAUGGAAGAAUAUAAAAAGAAAAAACAGGAACGGUUUAAGAAACUAAGUAAGAAGACGAAGAAGGGUCAGCCCAUGAUGACGGGCAGACUGGAACUCCUUUUGGAGAAAAUCCAAAGCACAAAAUAGAUAAAUUUGCUCGACAGGGUCAAAUAGUAGAAUAAAAUGAACUUUUAAAAUUAAAUCGGUGGAUCGGGUUUUUGAAAUCGAUCUAUGAUAGUGUUAAACUUUUAGUCCUUAAAUUAACUGAAUAACAUCGUUUAGUGUUUAAAUUUGUUACAUAAUGACAAAAAAGCAAGUGGUUAAAAAUGAAAUCGCUCAAUUCUUUGAGUAGUAUUAGUGCUUUAGCUCUGGCUAGUUAUUUUAAUACGCCAUUAUCUUUGAAAUACACACGUGAACAUAAGCGAUUUACGAAGCAAUGUUCACAAUCUGAUUUACAGUUUCAGGUUUACGAUUAUAAUGGUUAUUUACUCAGGUAAUGUGUCCUUUUGUUCUUUUUUAAUUAGCUCAUCGGUGGCUAUGAGUGAUAUGAUUUGACUGUUAAAGCCAUGAACUUUCUAGUUUUAUAUUGUCCGUGUAUGCGGUUUGUUGUGUCUCGAUCAAGGAUCGUUGUAACUUUGAAGUUUUGUACUGUGACUUGAAUUAAUAAAAAUUGUGACGCCUGUGAGUAAA